AUUCUCCCUCAUAUGCGACUGAUGUUGCGUGUUAACCCCUAAUCAACGUUUAAAAGGAAUCAAGAUUCCAAUAAAUAGUCAUGAUGAAACUCUCUCUACUCGCUCUAUGUCUUUCCACCGCUGCCCUUGCGGCUAGUCAUCCGGCCUAUGAAGUGUAUAUGGCACCGCAAUGCCAGCGUGGCUUCGCGUAUUGUGGCUGGUAUUUGAAAAGUCAACUUGGCUUUAACAAUCUCCCUCACUACAACGAUCAAGCCAUCUACUAUUGCGAAAACAUCUAUUACCCGGACUAUGUAAAGAAGUGCGACGAUAAGUGUGGCUCGCAAGGGAAAGCUCUUUGUUACAAAUGAUCGCGUAUAUAUGGUAAGUCUUUUGCAGCUUAAGAUGUUGUGGAGUACCCAACAAACCAGAUAUAUGUCUGGACAAACUUCUGUAACCCAGGAUUUGUGCCUGACUGUAGGCUGCUCAUAAACAUCCGCAGGAGAUUA